AUGGGUGAACAAAUGAAUAGCCAGGAUGACACAGCUGACAUGGCGCAUGACGGCAGGCAGUUGGGUAUGGGCGAAUCCGCUCAGGUACAGAUGAUGGUGGCCUCACGAAGAGCGUCCACUGUGCGUAGCUUCGCAUGCUGUGGGCCAGGUAAAAAGCGCUACCUCAUCUCUGUCCUCUGUAUGACCUGUCUCACCAUCGUCAUUGGCAUGCGAGCCGAGAUGCUAAGCAUUAUAACCAAACUGAACGAUACCCACGCAGGCCGACAUGCGGAGUCGUCAAAUUUAGAGCCUGAAGCCAACCGAGACAGCAGAGCUUAUCUCGGCGUACAGGUCGAGAUCACUGGACCAGCUGCCGCGGAUGAACAUCUCUUUUUUAAGCCCUUGCAUCAUCGGCAGUUGCCGUGGACUGCGACUAUUACCGAAGAUCUGGUUGAAAAUGCCGUCUUUUUCGCCUACCUUAUUGCCAGUCCAAUCGGUGGUUAUCUGACAGUGCGGCAUGACUCGUCUCUCCUGUUAGGAUGCUCUGUUGCAAUGACCUGUGGACUUAACUUAUUUCUUCCACUUGCUGAAACUAUUGGGUCGAAUAUUGAUGCGAAAUUGGCGCUUAUUAUAAUUUUGAGGCUACUACAGGGCAUGGCGGAGGGUUGUCUUAUACCUGCAGUGUUUGGGACUCUGCGAUACUGGACUCCUGAGAGCGAGCGGUCGACACUCAUUUCCCUGGCGGUGAUAGGGGUCUCGUUGGGUCCGCUAAUUGGACUACCAGUCUGUGCUGAAAUCGAGCAGAAGUGGGGCUGGGGAGUGGUCUUCUACAUAUACGCAAAUUUGGGUCUUAUUUGGUGCAUCUUCUGGUGGCGUAUGGUGGACGAGAAACCUCAAAAGGACAGAAAUCUCUCUAAGGCAGAGAAAAUUUAUCUAAAAGAGAACACCUCUCAACAACUGUUGUUCGAUCCUGCAAAUGUGAAAAUACCAUGGGUGGCAAUUUUUACUUCAAAACCAAUAAUGGCAAUAUUCCUUACGUACGCUGCAGACGACUGGACAUUUCAGAUAUCGUCGGUAUGCAUGCAAACAUUUUACCAACAACGCUAUAACGCCAAUGUCCAAAAAACAAUAUUUCUGCUCUCUUUUCCUUUUCUCUCUCGGUCAAUCUUUGUUCCCAUAGGUCUGUACUCUGGUGAGUAUCUCCUGGAGUUGGAGGUUCAUAAGUAUGCCAAAAUUCAAGUGCCAGAGACGGAGAUAAGCGAAUUGGUCGACGAUUGCUACCCCGGAGGCGGGUUUCUAGCAGAUGUCAUCAAAUUAAAAACGCCGAUGUCUUGCACCACAAUCCGCAAAGUUUUCUCGGGGAUUGGAUUCGGUCUGAAGGGGAUAUUCUUCCUAGCACUGGGUUUUGCUAAAACCGAAGUACACGCAACCAUCAUCCUUUCAAUGGCUCUUGGCAUUUCGGGUCUAGCCGUUGCUGGCUACGCCGUCAGCGUCAUUGAACUGGCGCCCAAAUUCGCUGGACUAAUAAUGGGAUUCGCAAACAGUAUAAGCACUCUUACAGGCAAGUUCACUAUCCAUUUGCGUAAUUCCCUUGCAACUGGCUCAUGUGGAAAAAUUGGCCUCAACAAUACCCUCCAUCUUAAAUGCAUAAUAUUUAUCUCACCACAGCGCUUUCAAGCCUCCGAAGAACUUAAGGUCCGGAAGGUUCUGCCAGUGACACCUAACAUUGAGCUGUGCUGCUGCAGUCAGGAGGGUUGCGGCAUAAAAACCUUAAUGGAUUUGGAUCGAAACAAAAGAAGGAAGUUACCUCCUCUGACAUUUUUAAUAAACAACCUCCACUGUGUUCUCCAUGAAGGAAUUCUGUCGACAGUGAUAGCUACAGUCGUUGUACACUACUUGAGCACGGGUGUUGGAGCCGGGUGGAUUGUCGCCAUGAGUUUGGCGGCCGGAAGUCAAUUCUUCGCUGCCAUUUUCUUCUUCAUCUUUGCCUCGAGCCAGGAACAAGCGUGGGCCAAGGGCGGAGUGGUGGUUAGCGCCUCAGGUGAUGUAUUACAUUCGCAGAACUGCCUUACUGCCAACCGACGCGGGGUCCAAAAGAAGAGACACCCUCCUACACGGUUCCUCGAGUCUGAUGACGUUGAAGCCAACUACAGAUGA